ACGCCCCUGCAGAUCUUCCGGGAAGCCAUAGUGGUUCAGAGAAAGUGGAGGAAUAUAGUGAAGGAAGCAAUAGCAUCAUGAUGUCCUUAGCGCUCAAGUGUUGGAAAAGAACAAGAAUCACUGCGCAAGGCAGUUGGAGGUGAAUGGCUACCUACGUUCCGAUGCAAGCAUAGAUCGUCAAAGUACCUGGUAAUGCCCUUCGGAUUGUGCAACUCGCCUUCAAAUGUUCAGCGCUUCAUUAAUCAUGACCUCCAGCCUUUCCUCGGUCGUGCUACCCUGGUCUUCUAGGAUGAUGUCCUUGUCGCAGACAGGACUUGCCCUCGACACCUCCAGCCCAACAUUUCUUACUACGUCCCCCGCUCCGCCAGACAACGGCGGCUUCUUUCAAUCUCAUUCGCCCAUCAUGAGCAAUAGUAGCGAAUCUGACGAAGCUUUUUGCAGCGACAUCGACCUUGGGCGGCGAGGUUUCCCUUUAACCAGCUCUCACCUCUCACCAUCCUUUUUUCCGAGCCCUCUAGGCCCCGGCCCUGGGAAGUCCAGAUCCUGUGACUGCAUCUUAGUCGUUCGUCACGCCGGCCGAGCGUCCCUUCUUCUCAUCUGAUGUGCACGACGCUACUCUUCUGAUCAAAGCGCCCUUUGCGCAUGCUCGUCUUUGCUUAUUUCC